AUGGCGGAGGCCAAGGCCGACGAGGACGCGGAGGUGGAGGGCAUUUUGCUCGAGUUGGCGGGCACGGCCCGGCGCGCCGCUGAGUCCGCGCCGGGCGAUCCGCCGCGCGAGGCCGGAGAGAUGCGGAAACGCGCCCUGCGCGUCCUGGAGAUCCUGCAGGUGCGGUUCUGCGACCUCCUGGGCUCUAAGGAGGACGGCAACUUCGAGGUGGAGGACCUCACGGGGCGCACGGCCAGCGAGUCCCUUGCCAUGGUGGCGCAGGAGCUGGAGCGGCGCGCCGGGCUGGAGAACCGGAAGAUCUGGGCCUUGGCGGCUCGCAGGGCGCUUUAUGUCGCCCGCAGGGUGGAGAGGCUGCACUGCACCAGGGAGAGCGAUUCCUAUGCGGUGGUGUCUGUGGCAGCACGUUCUGCUUUCCUGAUCCCAGAGGGCAAAGUGCCUGUACCGGUGGCCGAGCCCGGCCUGGGCUUGGAGGUCCGCGGCCUGUUCGAUGAGCUGGCGAACGCGGCCCAGCAAGCCGCCGAAUGGCCCGCGGCUGCGUGGCAGCCGGCGGGGCUGCGCCAAUUGGCGGAGGCCAUCCGAGGGCCCGCGGCACGCGUCCUGGAGAUCCUCCGAGUGGAGCCGAGCGGCGACGUGGACGUCGCGGACCUCAACGGACUGGGCCCCGGGCAGCUGCUGGAGGCGCUGUCGCCGGAGCUGCAGCGGCACACCACGGCGCCCGCAGGUGGCAGCAGACCCGCUGCCGAGGCUCGGCGGGCCUGGGCCCUCACUGCCGGCAGAGUGCUCGAUGUCGCCCGGCGGCUGGAGGAGGCGGGCCAGCUGGAGCCUCAGGCGGAGGCAAGUGAGGCAUCCGUAGAUGAGCAAUCGGAGGUUGCCACGCAGCCCACGCUGGAGUCGGGGACGACGCUGGAUGUGGCCGCCACUUCCGGCUGGCUGGUGCCCAGCUCGAGCGGCCGGCCCGAGAUCCUUGGCCGCGUGGACGAGGAGGAGCUGGGCGGAGAGGGUGAGGUUCGCGUUGAGGCAUCUCAGCGCAUUGUGCUGCAGCGGCAACUCCUGCGUGCCAAAAUCAGAACGUGCCCGGCAGGGCAUGACCUGCAUGAGCGGCAGUAUCAGCUAGCAAUCUGCGUCCUUUGCGAGGAAGAGCGAGGGGUGACCUUGUGUUGUUUCCAGUGCGAUUGGGACAUAUGCCAAGAGUGCGUUGGCCUGGCUGGCCUUCCACAUUCUCACGAUGCAGAUGAAGAUGCGCCCCGAAGGGCUGUUUGGUCGAUGCUAACGAGCCAAAGUAGCAUGCGGCAGCGGAUGGGCGAUCUCCCCGGAGCUGCAGCGCUCUUGGUGGCAGCCCUGAAGCAACUGCGGCCAGGUGACCAGGAUGUUGAUGAUCAUGACGCGGCCAACAGCUUGCACUAUGCUGGUGCCGACCACGUGAGCGUUGCAUCAACUUUGCAUGAGCUGGGCAUGGUGCGGAAGCAGAAAGGUGACCUGAAGCAAGCCGAGGAGCACCUGAAGGAGGAGCACCUGAAGGAGGCGCUGAGCAUAAGCAAGUGCGUCUAUGCUGGUGACGACAAUGCGACCGUUGCGGUGACUUUGCACGAGCUGGGCAUGUUGCAUCAGCUGGGCAGGUUGCUGCAGGAGAAAAGGGACCUGGAGCAAGCCGAGAAGCGCGUGAAGGAGGCACUGAGGAUGAUGAAGUCCGUCUAUGAUGGUGCCGACCAUGUGCAACUGGCCGUCACUUUGCAUGAGCUGGGCACGUUGCAGAAGCAGAAAGGAGACCUGGAGCAAGCCCAGGAGCACCUGAAGGAGGCUCUGAGGAUGGAGAAGUCCGUUUUUGCUGGUGCCGACCAUGCGAACGUCGCCGGCACGUUGCAUCAGCUGGGCAGGUUGCUGCAGGAGAAGGGGGACCUGGAGCAAGCCGAGGAGCACCUGAAGGAGGCACUGAGGAUGACGAAGUGCGCUUAUGAUGGUGCCGACCAUGGGCAACUGGCCGUCACUUUGCUUGAGCUGGGCACGUUGCAGAAGCAGAAAGGAGACCUGGAGCAAGCCCAGGAGCACCUGAAGGAGGCACUGAGGAUGAUGACGUCCGUCUAUGAUGGUGCCGACCAUGGGAACGUUGCCGUCACUUUGCAUGAGCUGGGCAUGGUGCGGAAGCAGAAAGGAGACCUGGAGCAAGCCGAGGAGCACCUGAAGGAGGCUCUGAGGAUGAAGAAGUCCGUCUAUGGUGGUUGCGACCACGUGAGCGUUGCCGUCACUUUGCUUGAUCUGGGUGUGGUGCUGAGGAGCAGUGGAAAACUGGAGCAGGCCCAGGAGCUCUUGAUAGAGGCAUUGAGGAUGAUGAAGUCCGUCUAUGGUGGUGCCGACCAUGUUGAGGUUGCAGUCACUUUGCAUGAGUACGGCAGUUUGCUGGAUCAGAAAGGUGACCUGAAGCAAGCUGAGGAGCACCUGAAGGAGGAGCCGGAGCUGGGCGGAGAGGAUGCGGCUCUCGUUGCGGCAGCUCAGCACAUUGGCGAUCUCCCCGGAGCUGCAGCGCUCUUGGAGGCAGCCCUCAAACGACUGCGGCCAGGUGGCCAGGAUUUUGAUGAUCCAGAGGUGGCCUACAGCUUCUUGCACAUGCUCGGCCAGUUGCUGAAGCAGAAAGGAGACCUGGAAAAAGCCGAGGAGCACCUGAAGGAGGCACUGAGGAUGAAUAUGUCCAUCUAUGGUGGCGCCGACCACGCGAACGUUGCAGCCACUCUGCAUGAGCUGGGCGUGUUGCUGAAGCAGAAAGGCGACCUGGAGCAAGCCGAGGAGUGCUUCAAGGAGGAGUUGAGGAUGGAACUGUCCAUCUAUGGUGGCGCCGACCACGCGAACGUUGCAGCCACUCUGCAUGAGCUGGGCGUGUUGCUGGAGCAGAAAGGCGACUUGAAGCAAGCCGAGGAGCACAUGAAGGAGGCUUUGAGGAUGGAACAGUCCGUCUAUGGUGGCGCCGACCACGCGAACGUUGCAGCCACUCUGCAUGAGCUGGGCAGUCUGCUGAAGCAGAAAGGCGACCUGGAGCAAGCCGAGGAUGCUUCAAGGAGGAGUGAGGAUUGA